AUGGCUGAGGUUACGUCGAAACCACAUUCCAUUGUAGUGAAGCUUCAUGGUGGUGUUGGGAGCCUCAAAUUCGGUUGUGGAAAUUGCCCAACCUUAUCUGUAAAGGUCCGGUUGCCGCCUUCAAAGACCCGAUCUCGCCCCCUCGUGUCUCCUGAUCCGUCCCCCUUCCUCCGCGCAGUGCUGGAACUCAUGAGGGAGGCGCAGAUGCAGCACGGCCUUCGCCACGGCGACUACACGCGGUACAGGAGAUACUGUACUGCGCGUCUGAGAAGGCUAUACAAGUCUCUGAAGUUUUUGCAUGGCCGUGGUAAAUAUACCCGGAGGAAUAUAACAGAGUCAACAGUGACUGAUGUGAGGUUUCUACAUGUGGUAUUUUAUAUGGCUGAGAGAGCAUGGAGUCAUGCUAUGGAGAAGAAAACUGCUGGUCCAAAUGCACCGCAGCGCAUCUACAUGCUGGGUCGAUUUAGGAAGGCAGUCAAAUGGGCGGCACUUUUUUCACAGUUAUGUUCUAUAAAAGGAGAUUCCAGGACAUCUUUGGAAGCUGAGGCAUAUGCUUCAUAUAUGAAAGGAACUUUGCUUUUUGAGCAAGAGAAGAACAUAGAGGCAGCAAUGUUGAAUUUCAAGAAUACCAGGACUGUAUAUGAGGAGCUUGGGAAGUAUGGCGGCAUAGAAAAUCAACUUUUAUGCCGUCAGCGCAUUGAGGAAGUGGAGCCUAUGAUUGGAUUCUGUUCACGCAAACUUGGUGGAUCUGCUCUGCAAGAACAUGAUCUCCUAGAUAUGGAAAAGGAGGGGCCUGCUUAUGAUCUUUUUAAAGCUAAGAUUGAGGAUAACCGAUUGAAGCCAGAAUCUGUUGAAAGUAGAAACACCCCUGAUAUCCUGGCUGUAUUAUCUGAGACAAGGUCACAGCAGGCGGCUUCUAUGACUGAGUUUAACUGGCUUGGUCGCAGAUUUCCAAUUACCAGUGCAAAGACCCGUGUCUCCAUAUUAAAAGCUCAGCAGCUGGAGAGGGAUUUAAAUGGCGCAGCCACAGAACCAAUUUCAGCAGACAAAAAACUUGCUAUAUUUGAUAAACUAUUCUCUGCAUACCACGAAGCUCGAAGCUGCAUCCGCAAUGAUUUGGCUUCUGCUGGCAGUGCUGAGAAUAUAAGAGACGAAUUGAAUGGUCUUGACAAGGCUGUCAGUGCAGUUUUAGGAUUGAGGACCAUAGAACGUAACCAGUUACUUGUUAGUAUUGCUAAAAGUAAGUUUGCAAAGCAUCGGGAUGAGAAGAAUGAGAAAAUUACAAAGCCGGAAGAACUUGUUCGGCUGUAUGAUCUGCUAAUUCAGAAUACAACAGACCUAACUGAUUUAGUUAGCUCAGGAAGGGAUAAAAACGAAGAAGAGAACGCUUUUGUUCAUGAGUAUGAACUGAAAGAUUUGGCUUUCCGAGCCGAGAGAUGUUUCUAUUUGGCAAAGUCAUAUAGUUCAGUCAGUAAAAGGGCCGAAGCCUAUGCAUUAUUCUGUUAUGCACGUUCCCUUGCUGAUUCUGCACUGCAAGAACUGGCUAACAGUCCUCACAAGGUACUUAAGUCUAACUCAAAUGCUCUUACUUUACAGGCCUUAAUCCAAGAUCUCGAGGCUCUAUCUUUCAAUUGUAGAUCCAAUAGUUGCAUUGAACAUGCAACAGGUAUUAUGGAGGAUGAGAGUGCUCCUGAAAGACUUUCUAAAGGAGUCUCAACUAUAUCACUUGGCGACAAUAGAAAAAAGGAUCCUAAAUACCUCCUUGAUAUCCUAGGGAGCUAUGAAUCAGCACUUGGUGAGCAAAGCGCCAAAGCGCCAUGUCGCAUUUCACAGUUCCCACCACCGUUCCAACCAGUUCCCUGCAACCCAAUUGUUCUUGACAUGGCAUACAACGCAAUCGAGUUCCCGAACCUUGAGAACAGGAUGAAGAAGGAAAAGAAGGGUCUCCUCCGCAGAUUCUGGGGGUGA